CCGGAGCCACGGGCGGCGGCGAUGCCCCGAGGGGCCGGGGGCCUCCGUGCCGAGCCGCCCCAAUGCCCGGCCGGAGCCAGCGGGCUGGACCGGCGGGGGGCCCCAUGGGCCGCGGCUAGGCCGGCGGCGAUGCGGGCGGCAGCAUGCCGCGGCUCCCGGUGAAGAAGCUCCGCAAGCAGCUCAAGCUGCUGCUGCUGCUGGUGCUGCUCACGUUCGCCGUCUGGUUCACCUACCUGCACAUCAGCCUGGUGCGCCAGGGCCGCGCCCUGCGCCUCCCGUUCGGCAGAGAUGCCGACAGGCCCCCGGAGGUGACGGACCCUGCCCGGCGGCCACCGGAGCGCAGCGGAACCACCGACGACUCCAGCGAGAGCCGCGAGGAGGAGCCGGAGGGCGAUGGGCAGGACUUGGAGGGAUGGUUUUCCAGAGGCUCCUGGUCCAACCGAGCCACCGUUCACCCCAAGCUCAACCUGACCAAGCAGCCUUUGCCCUGGAAUGAGCAGUACAAAGGGAAGGUGAACCUGCAUGUCUUCGAGGACUGGUGCGGAGGUGCCGUGAGGCACCUGAGGAAGAACCUCCACUUCCCACUGUUCCCCCAUACCCGCACCACAGUGAAGAAGCUGGCAGUGUCACCCAAGUGGAAGAACUAUGGGCUGAGGGUUUUUGGCUAUAUCCACCCCUUCAAGGAUGGGGACUUCCAGUUCUCUGUGGCAUCUGAUGACAACUCAGAGCUGUGGCUCAGCUCGGAUGAGAGUCCUGCCAACUCCCGGCUGGUCGCGUUCGUGGGCAGGCUGGGCACCGAGUGGACGGCGCCAGGAGAGUUCACCAAGUUCAGCUCCCAAGUGUCCAAACCUCUGCGCCUCAUGUCCUCCAGGCGCUACUACUUUGAGCUGCUGCACAAGCAGGAUGACCGAGGGUCAGACCAUGUGGAAGUUGGGUGGCGACUCUUCCUCCCCAGCCUGAAGUUCGAGGUGAUCGACUCCUCCUGCAUCUCCCUGUACACAGAUGAAUCAUCCCUGAAGAUGAACCACGUGGAUCACAUCCCACAGACCUUGGGCAGCCACAGUGGGAGCUACCUCUGGGAAGCUCAGCAGGAUGAGCAUGGGGCUGACAUGCUCAAGCCUGACCCCAGAGACACCUUCUUCCUCACCCCUGCCAUCGAGGCCUCCCGCGUGGAGAACGUGCUGGUGCCCUGUGCCUACAGCCCCACAUACGUGGUGAAGGACUUCCCCAUCGCCCGCUACCAGGGCCUGCAGUUUGUCUACCUCUCGUUCGUGUACCCCAAUGACUUCACGCGCCUCACUCACAUGGAGACGGAGAACAAGUGCUUCUACAGGGAGUCCCCUCUCUACCUGGAGAAGUUUGGCUUUUACAAGUACAUGAAGAUGGAUGAAGAGGAGGAGGAUCCUCGGCAGCGCCCGUUCCUCUUCCUCAAUGCAGACAACUUCCUCGAGGAUGAUGAAGAGGAGGAGGAAGGAGCAGACAGCCCCGAGCCCACAGACCCCCCUCCCGAAGCCAAGGAGAGGAGCUUCGUGCCCAUACCCGGAGCCAAAGGGCCGGAGACGCCACCAGUCACCAGGGAUUAUGGACAUGACCUGGACUAUUACAGCUUCAGGCGCAGGCAGGGCCCGGCCCAGGAUGAGGCCAUCCCUGGAACACCAGGGCAGGUGGGAAGGGGGAGCACAUCCCAUGAGCCCAGCACCAGCCCCACACCUGACCUCCAUGUGCUCCAUGGGGAGGAGGAUGAGGGCCCCGCGCUGGAGCAGGUCCAUGGGAGGAUGCUCAAUUGGCUGCCCCAGGACCCCAGUGAGGGUGAGGACGAUGACCUGGGGCUGCUGGUGUCCUCGAAGCGUGGCGAGGCUGUGAGCCUCCACCGGCACCAAGCUGUCCCCAUCUUCGGUGGCAAAGCCAGGACACCAGGUCCCGGCAGGGCUGUAGCCCCCGGGCAGGACAGAAAGAACCAGAACACCCAGGAUAAGGUGUAUGUGACCCGGCUGCAGCCGGGGAAGCGCAAAGCUCCGGUGCGGGAGCCGUCCUUCCCUGGCCUCUUCCUGUACCCAAAGCCUCUCAAGAGAGUCCAUCUCCGCUCCAGGCCCCCUCAGAAGCAUCCCAUUGCCUCCAGCAAGCUCCGGACCAUGCCUGGGCCCCGCAGCCCCUGGCUCCUGAGCAGCCUCUCCAGGGAGAGAGGCACCAACAGGCACAAGAACCCACAUGGGGGAGGCCGGAGGUGGGAGGCGAGGCCGGGCACCGAGCGGCGGGCGCUGCCAGGGCUGCUGGCGCUGGGCACACAGGGGCUGUUCAGCAGAGAGAGCCACGAGGACACGAGCCCUGGGCCAGGCACCACCGGGUACAACUCCUCAGACGUGACCUCCUUGCUGGGGGUGACAGAAACAACAGCCUCCCAACAGCAGGAGGAGGAGGAGGAGGAGGAAGAGGUGUCCGACUACAGCUACGAGGGGGGGGAGCUGCAGCAGGGCUGGCUGGAGGACUCCAUCAACUGGCAGAGGACGUUCAGUGUCAGUGCUGUGGACUUCGAGCUCCUGCGCUCCGACUGGAACGACCUCCGGUGCAAUGUGUCCGGCAACCUGCAGCUGAGCGAGGCCGAGGUGGUGGAUGUGGUGGCUCAGUACAUGGAGAGGCUCAAUGAGAAGAACGGAGGCAUCUACACCCUGCUGAGGAUCAUCAAUGUGGAGAAGCGCCGGGACACGGCGCGGGGCAACCGGUACCUGCUGGAGCUGGAGCUGAUGGAGCGCGGGCAGCGCACGGUGCGGCUCUCGGAGUACGUCUAUGUCCUCCUGCACCAGGACAGCACCGAGGGGCUGGCGCUGGGGGGCACUGAGCCCCCACCGAGCACAUGGAGCAUCCUCUAUGGGAAGCCCGUCCUGUGCCGGCCCCUGCGGCUCAGCUGGAAGCAGGAUGUGAUGGUGCACUUCGUGGUACCCGUGAAGAACCAAGCCCGCUGGGUGCAGCAGUUCAUCUCAGACAUGGCCCAUCUAUAUGGGGCCACGAAGGACCCCAACUUCAACGUCAUCCUGGUGGACUUUGACAGCGAGGACAUGGAUGUGGAGAAGGCUCUGCAGGAUGCGCAUCUGCCCCGCUACCAGUACCUGCGGCGCACGGGGAACUUCGAGCGCUCAGCUGGGCUGCAGGCUGGUGUGGACACAGUGGAGGAUGGACACAGCAUCGUCUUCCUCUGCGACCUGCACAUCCACUUCCCCUCCAACAUCCUGGACAGCAUCCGCAAGCACUGCGUGGAGGGCAAGUUGGCCUAUGCACCCAUCGUCAUGCGGCUGAGCUGCGGCAGCUCCCCCCGGGAGCCCAAUGGUUACUGGGAGGUAAACGGCUUCGGCCUCUUCGGCAUCUACAAGUCAGACUUUGACCGUGUGGGAGGGAUGAACACGGAGGAGUUCAGGGACCGCUGGGGGGGGGAGGACUGGGAGCUCCUGGACAGGGUCCUACAGAGUGGGCUGGAGGUUGAGCGCUUGCGGCUCAGGAACUUUUACCAUUACCACCACUCCAAGCGGGGGAUGUGGAACGCGCGCCCCAAGAAGCCCCCCAAGGACUAGAGCCGGGUCCGGAGCCGCUGCCCCACUGCCCCCCCACAGGUGAUGGGCACCCCACUGCCCCCCCACAGGUGAUGGGCACCCCACUGCCCCCCCACAGGUGAUGGGCACCCGCUCAUCCCCAGCCCGGCCGGUGCCCACUGUGGGUGCCCCGGGGGGGGUCCGGGGGGGUCUUUGUAAGGGUCUAAUUUCAUAGUCAGAACCGAAGUUAUUAACUCAGUAGUGCCGGGAGCUGCUGUGGGAGGGA